GAUAGCAGUAAACAUUUUUGUUGGUGUGUUGGAGUGAGUAAUUUAUAUUCAGAUAUUUGCCGAAAAUUGAAAAAUAAGCCAAAAAUAGAAAAAUGUCGCAUCAAACUGGAAUAAAAGCUAACGAAAAACUCACCAAAGUUUUCGCGAAGAGCAAAAAUGGAAAGCUACGUGUGAUAAAGGUAUCAAUAGAAAAUGAGGAGUUGAAUUGCACUGCUACAGUAGAUGUGAAGAAAGACUGGGAAAGAGACUAUGACAAAUUGAUAGGUCCAUUAAUAGAAGAAAAUGUACCAUGUUAUAUUCUCUACCGUUUGGAUAGUAAAACAUCGUUGGGAUAUGCAUGGCUUCUGCUGAGCUGGGUACCAGAUACCGCCACAAUACGACAAAAGAUGGUUUACGCAUCUACAAAAGCGACACUUAAAAAUGAAUUCGGUUCAGCUCAUAUCACCGAGGAAAUACAUGCGACAUCAAUAGAAGAGACCACCUUUGAAGGAUAUGUAAGACAUAAACAAGACUUCGCGGCACCAGCGCCAUUAACAACGCGCGAAGAAGAGCUUGUAGAAUUACGCAAAACUGAAAUCAACACCGAUAUUAAUACCGACACGCGACACCAAACUUUAGGUGGUGUUGCCUGCCCACUGACUGACGCCACUGUGCUAGCUAUAAAGGAUUUGCUUCGCGGUUCAUAUGACUAUCUACAAUUUCGAAUCGAUCUUGAAGAGGAACGUAUACAUGUCUCCAAAGCAGCUGUGGUGUCGUUGAUUGAUUUGCCUCGUCAAAUUCCUGACGAAAAUGCACGUUAUCAUUUAUAUCUCUUUAAACAUACUCAUGAAGGUGACUAUCAAGAGGCAUUUAUUUUCAUUUAUUCUAUGCCAGGGUACACAUGUUCGGUACGUGAACGUAUGAUGUAUUCCAGCUGUAAAGCUCCCUUUUUGGAUACUCUGAAUGCCCUUGGAGUGACUGUGGUGAAAAAGUUAGAAAUUGAUAGCGGCGCAGAAUUGACUGAGGAGUUUCUGCUCGAGGAACUUCAUCCUAGAAAACUUGCCAGCAGACCCGCGUUUGCAAAACCUAAAGGCCCACCGAACCGCGGUGCAAAACGUUUGACUCGUCCACAAGAACAAUCUUAAAGACAGUCACUUCACAAAGUACUAAGCUGCAUGUUCAUGUCGCAGCAAUAUGACUAAUGCUUUCCUUAUUCUUCCAUCUCAUGAUAAACUCGCAUUGAAUUAGGAUUCAGAAACUGGACUUUAAGCAUUUUCAAAUUAAUACAAUAAUAAAUAUGAAAUAUGGAGAGAUUACACAUAUUCAUAUGUGUGCAAUAUUAAUAUUUCAAUAUUUCAAUGUGCGGUAUCUUAUGCAUACAUACUAAUACAUAUAUGUAUUCUCAUGUAUUACUGCUUUCUAAUGAUAAGAAAUUGUCUUUACAUUACUUUUCAAACAAUUCAUAUCGUGAUUUUCAAUUGCAUUAAAAUUACAUCGAUUAAAAGUUUUGUCGUUGAAAUAAAAUACUUAGUAUAUAAAAUAGUUAAAUGGUAAAUGAUCAUGUUUAUCUAACAAUUAGUAAUACACAAUGUUGUCUUCAAUGUAGCUGUAUUUGAUCGUCUAAAUUGCAAUAUAUGUAAAAUAUACAUACAUAUGUACAUCAA